AUGUGCGGUUUUUUAGGUUCGUCGCCUCUAACAACCCAACACACGGCUUUGCUUGUCGAUCCUGAGCCUGACGAAGUCUAUCAAGGAGGAUACCUACUUGCAGAUAUAAUGAUGGCUUACGGCUUCCCCGUAGAGGACCCGGCAGCUGGUUCAGCUGAAGGUUAUAUUGGAGAGGAUCAUCACUUUUAUGGUGUUUUACAUUUAGGUAAUCGCACACUGCACGCGGAUCCGUACGGCAAGGACGACCCUCACAAAUUCUUCGGAGCGUUCGAAAACGACAAUAUGGCGGCCCCCGUACGACCGCGUCGCGAUCAUAACCAGCAAGAAGACGUAAGACCAGUCUUCCCAUACAAAAUAGAAGAGCACAGUCGUAUGGUUGGCAUAGCGACCGCCAGGAUAUGCGAUCUGCUACUCUUGGCCGAUAAGCAGUUCUACGAGAAGGACGCGAACUCCAGCCUGAACCACGUAGUCCGCAGAAUGAUGCACGCCGUCGCUCAAGCAGAUAUCAUAUUUAGGAAUGCUGAUUUCGACGAGGAUGGUACUCCCGAUAAUAUUGGCUUUUCGGUAAAGUACAUACUGGUGUUGACAUCAAAUGAAACAAACGCCCGUGUGUUCGGCGACCUGUUGAAAGAUAAUGCCGUCGAUGGUAGAAACUAUUUGAUGCGUUUCGCAAGGCUGCGAAGGUUGUCCGAAGUCUGUCUGGGCGUAGCUUUUUCUGGACAUGUAUUCCAUAACAGAACUCUUGGACUGAGUUUCACGUCACUAGGCGGUGGCAUGGGCGGCGCAGCUGGUGGUUUAUGUGACCGGCGCGCGUAUGGCCGCUCGUUCAACACCUUGGCGCUGGCGCACGCUACCGCUGAUGACAACGAGCGCGUGCCUGAACGUAUAGCGGCGCUAACCCUCGCUCAUGAAAUGGGUCACAGUUUUGGUGCUCAUCACGACGACAACUUCCCGAACCCUGAAUGUCAUGGCUAUCUGAUGAGCUCUCAAUCCUCGACGACUGAAAACGGCCACAACCUGGAAUUCUCGCUGUGCAGCAAACGUCUCAUUGCAGCAACGCUCAGCAGCAUGAGCUACUGCCUCAUCGAGCAGGACAGACCUUACUGUGGCAAUGGUAUAGUCGAAGAAGGAGAGGCAUGCGACUGCGGUCUGCCCUCUCACUGCAGCAACAGAGACCCGUGUUGCACGCCAAGAGCUGGCGGAGCGCUUAUUUACGAAGAAGGAGCAUUGCAUAAGGAAGGCUGCUCUGUGGCGCCCUCAGCUACCUGCCAUCCGUCACAAGGGAGCUGCUGCAACGCGGACUGCCAGUAUGCGGAUCUCACAAAAAGCGGAAUAGACUGCAGUAUGCAGUAUGAAGAGUGCAAGUGUGUGAAUUCGUCGGUGUGCCACUGUGGUCUGGGCGGGCGGUGCCUGCCAGACGGCUCCUGCCACGCCGCGGAGUGCGCCACGCUUGGACUCCAAGAGUGUCGAUGCCCAAAAAGAGGAACGGGAGGCGUUAUAGGAGAGGGCAACAUGUGCGGCAUCUGCUGCCGGCUGCGGCGGAGCGACGGCUCUAGUGGGGGUAAGUGCGUGGGCGCAGAGUUUGCGGCCCGCGAGGCAUUGGUUACGCGAGGGCUGCCCGACGACUGGCCCGAUGACGCCUACGUAGGACAAAGUGAGAUAAAGCAAGUUGAAGAGUAUUCUUUGCCACAAAAUGUACAAAGUCUAGAUGCUGAACAGACAUUGAACAUAGAAAAAUCUCCAGACACUAUUUUUAUAUCUAAUAAUAAUGAAGUUGGUGAAAUACAGCAAUAUGUUGAAGAGAAUUCUUGGCCCCUGAAUGAAGUACAUAAUCGAAGUGUAGAGCAGGCAAUAAAUAUGGAAAGUUGUACAGACGAUAGGUUCGUAGCCAGCCAGCAUGAGCCAGCAAAUGAAGCUUCUAAUCUAAGAGUAAAUGAACAACAAAUAGUUGAUUUACUUGUUUCUGAAUUUGACGAUGAAGCAGCUGAUAUCAAUGAAAUUGAUGAUGGGCUGAUGGCAGGCAUUUCACACAGGCAGUGUGUUAUCACGAGAUAA